AAAGACGGCCGGGAGUUGUGUUAGCCACCCACCCCCCUCGUGUGCCGUGCCGGCCCUUAAUAGGCACUCUCUAACAGCAUUUACACCCCAACAGUCUAUUCAGGGCUAUACGGAGGGGAAGGGGAUGGAAUAUUUGAUGCGUGAGCACCAUCCCUGGCUGGUUGGUCGCGUGGCUGGCUGAGCCAGGCUGAUGAGCCAGGCCGAUGAACCAGGCUGAUGAGCCUGGCUUAGCCUCGUCCCCCGUGAGCCCGGACUCUCACUCGGCUGCCGCGCUCUCUCCCAGCGAGAGCCCCUCUCCCUAUCAGGCCGAACUCGCCUCCCACGAAACUCCCCCGGGGCAGCAUGGAGCACGACCGUGGCUUCACCAAUCGCUUCGACGACCUCGCGGGCUCGCCGCUGCCCGGCCGCUCGCGCGAGGCCCUGCUGCCCCUCGUCACGGCCAUGCUGGACGCUAUCGCCGGGCAGGCACCCCCGGGCAGCGGCGAGGGCGACGGCGUUGGGAAGCGAGCGGCGGCGGUGUCGGUGGCGCCGGCGGGCGGGUUGUACCGCGGGCCGGCGGGCAUGGCCCUGGCGCUGGCUUUUGCGGCGGCGCCCGACAGCAGCCUCCUGCCCGAGCUGGACGCGGGGCGGCGGGAGAGGUACGCGGACGCGGCGCGCAGGCUCGCCGAGGCGUCCGUGGAGUACGCCGAGGAGAUGGAGGGAAGAGCGACGUGCACGGGAGCGGCUGUCAUCAGUAGCGGUGGGGCAGAGUCUACGCGCAUGCGAGUGCGCGCCUCCCCACCCCGCCUCCCCGCACCGCCGACGACGCCCUCAGCCAGCAACGGGGAGCGCGAGAGCGGCUCUGAGACGAGCGCGGCGUUCCUGCUGGGCGGCGCCGGCGCCUUCGUCGCGGCGGCGCUGGCGAGCGGCGCCGCGGGCCGGACGGCCGCCGCCGUGGGCCACGCGCAGAGCUUCGCGCGGCUGCACCGCGAGCUGCAGCCGCGCGCCGUCACCGUGCGGGCGCACCGCCUCGGCUCCGACGAGCUCUUCGUGGGCCGGGCCGGCAUCCUGUGCGGCGCCUUGCUGCUCAAGCGCCGGCUCGGCAUCGAGAUCCUGACGGACGAGGAGACCUCCACCGUGUGCCAGGCCAUCGUGGACUCGGGAAAGGAGUACGCGGCACGCAAACACAAGCCCGUGCCUCUCAUGUACGCCUACUACGGCACCGAAUACCUAGGCGCGGCUCACGGCCUCUCCUCCAUCCUCCUCAUGCUGCUCUCCUACCAGCAGCAUCUCGACGCCGAAGACCGAGAGCUCGUGUGGAGGACCCUGGACUUCCUGGCCGAGCAGGAGCGCGACGGAAACUGGGCGGCUGAGCUAAUGGAGCCCGCGGUGGACGACAAGAGCCUGGUCCACUGGUGUCACGGCGCGCCUGGUGUGGCGUAUGUGUUUGCCAAGGCGUACCUGCUGUCGGGCGAGGCAUGCUACCUGGCGGUGUGCGUGCGCUGCGCCGAGAUCGCCUGGCGACGGGGCCUUCUGAACAAGGGGCCGGGCAUCUGUCACGGCGUGGCCGGGAGCGCCUACGUCUUCCUGCUGCUCCACCGGCUCACACGAGACCCCAAGUACCUGUACCGCGCGCAUAGGUUUGCGGAGUUCAUGUUCUCCGAGGAGUUCAAGGCGGGGUCACAGCCGCUGGACGCCCCGUUCAGCCUCUUCGAAGGCCUGGCCGGAACAGCUUGCUUCUUCCUCGAUUUGCUACAGCCGGAUAAAGCCGAGUUCCCCAUAUUCAGUGUCUUCACGCCGUGAGGUCACGUGCACCGUGGCCGCCACUGUGUGACGCAGAGCGAGAAAGGACGCCACGCGUAAAGGAAGGUGGAAGUGUGUGCCACGGUGGCGAGAGGUUAACGCAGGGGUGGGCAAAUUUUUCGACUCGCGGGCCACAAUGGGUUCUAAAAUUUGACAGAGGGGCCGGGCCAGGAACAGA